AAAUGCCCCUCGCCUUAUUUAGAGAACAAUGUAAGUUUUUUCUGCUUUUAGUAUGUGUGUAGAUGAUCACUUUUUGACAGAUUUUGAUAACAAAGUGAGAUCUCUCCUGAAGAUGUUUCCACAAUCAGGGAAAUCGAUUGUCUUUGACAACUUUCCGGAUCCCACUGACACCUGGGAAAUCAUCGAGACAAUCGGAAAAGGCACCUACGGUAAAGUCUACAAGGUGCUCAACAAACUAGAUGGAAGCAAAGCAGCUGUGAAAAUCUUGGAUCCCAUUCAUGAUAUCGAUGAGGAAAUUGAAGCAGAAUACAACAUCCUCAAAGCUCUUUCAGACCACGCCAAUGUAGUCAAAUUCUACGGCAUGUACUACAAGAAGGACGUCAAAUGUGGGGAUCAGUUGUGGCUUGUACUGGAGCUGUGCAACGGCGGCUCGGUGACAGAUCUAGCUAAAGGCAUGUUGAAGAGAGGAGACAGAAUGGAUGAAGCCAUUAUUGCCUACAUCUUGCAUGAGGCCCUCAUGGGCCUCCAACACUUGCACAUCAACAAAACCAUCCAUCGUGACGUCAAAGGCAAUAACAUCCUGUUGACAACACAAGGAGGGAUCAAACUCGUGGAUUUUGGUGUUUCGGCACAGCUGACAAAUACUCGUCUGCGGAGGAACACCUCUGUGGGAACUCCCUUCUGGAUGGCUCCAGAGGUAAUAGCCUGUGAGCAGCAACUGGACUCAACCUAUGAUGCUCGUUGUGACGUCUGGUCCCUGGGCAUCACCGCCAUAGAACUAGGAGAUGGAGACCCGCCUCUGUCCGACCUCCACCCAAUGAGAGCUCUGUUCAAAAUACCCAGGUGAGCCCCCGGUCCAAAACCCCCACCUACUCUCCACCAGCCGGAGCUGUGGUCAGACGACUUUAAUGACUUCAUCUGCAAAUGUCUGAUAAAGGAUUUCGAGCUGAGGCCGAAUGUGCUUGACCUGCUGCAGCAUGUCUUCAUAAAACAGAUCGUCUGCAAAGAAAAAAUCCUACAGAAACAACUGAUUGAACUCAUUGACCUCAAUCAACAAAUAGGACUCAUUGAAAAAACAAGCCAUCAUGGAAAGACAGACAGAAGCCAGACAGACAGUAAUGACAGGCAUGAACGCAUACACACUAAAAAAGGAAGCCACAUGAAGACGCAGAGUGACGCCAAUGAGGUGGAUGACCUCGCCACACUCGAGGUUUUAGACGAGAACACAGUCAUAGAGCAGCUCCAGAGUCGUUAUGGAAGGGAUCAGAUUUAUACGUACGUGGGAGACAUCCUCAUCGCAGUCAAUCCUUUCCAUAAGAUGGAGAUCUACACUGCUGAGUACACUAAGAUGUACAUCGGAGCUAAGCGUACAGCGAACCCACCACACAUCUUUGCAGUGGCUGACAUUUCCUACCAGUCUAUGGUGUCAUACAAUGCAGACCAGUGCAUUGUGAUAAGUGGGGAAAGGGGAGCAGGAAAAACAGAGAGUGCUCAUCUCCUGGUGCAGCAGCUGACCGUUCUUGGAAAGGGAUUAAUGUUUAUUCAGGCCAAUAAUCGGACGCUCCAGGAGAAGAUCCUGCUGGUCAACAGCCUUGUGGAAGCGUUCGGAAAUGCCUGCAACCGUCAUCAACGACAAUCCAGCCGCUUUGAAUACCUGGAGAUGAAGUUCACCACUGGGGGAACGGUGGUCGGAGCGCAGAUAUCGGAAUACAUGCUGGAAAAAUCCAGAGUCAUCCACCAGGCAGCGGGAGAGAAAAACUUCCAUGUCUUCUACUACAUAUACGCAGGUCUGGCUGACAGGAAGAAACUCGCCCCACUACAAGCUCUCUGACAGCAAACACCUAAGUAUCUGUAUAAUGAACACAAAUUAGGGCCUGACAUAGUGAGCAACACCUUCUACAAGGAGCAGUUUGAUGCAGUGGAGCAGUGUUUCAAAGUCAUUGGAUUCACCCUGGAGGAGCUGGGCAGUGUUUACAGUACUCUGGCUGCCAUCCUCAACUCCGGGGAUAUUGAGUUUUCUCCAGUUGCCUCAGAGCCAACGGACAAAAGCAACAUCUCCAACAUUUCUGUCCUGGAUAAUGUGGCGUCUCUGCUGUGCAUCCGCUCAGAUGAGCUCCAAGAAGCCCUGACCUCCCACUGCGUUGUGGCCCGGGGGGAGACGAUCGUCAGGCCCAACACGGUGGAAAAGGCGGCGGAGGUGAGGGACGCCAUGGGCAAGGCUCUCUACGGCCGCCUCUUCAGCUGGAUUGUCAACCGCAUUAACACGCUGCUGCGUCCUGACAGCCACCUAGGAGAGAACGACAAGAGCUUAAACAUCGGUAUCCUGGACAUCUUCGGCUUCGAGAACUUCAAGAAGAACUCCUUUGAGCAGCUGUGCAUCAACAUCGCCAACGAGCAGAUCCAGUUUUACUUCAACCAGCACAUAUUUGCUUGGGAGCAGGAUGAGUACCUAAAUGAAGAGGUUGAUGCUCGAAUGAUUGAGUAUGAAGACAACCGGCCCCUCCUGGACCUGUUUCUGCAGAAGCCCAUGGGGAUGCUGUCGCUGCUGGAUGAAGAGAGCCGCUUCCCACAGGCCACCGACCAGACCCUCGUAGAGAAAUUUGAAGAUAACCUCAAGGCCAAGAGCUUCUGGAGGCCAAAGAGAGUUGACCUUGGCUUUGGUAUUCACCACUAUGCAGGAAAGGUUAUGUACAACGCUACUGGUUUCUUGGCUAAGAACAGAGACACACUGCCUGCCGACAUCGUCCUUCUACUCCGGUCAUCUGAGAACGAGCUCAUUCGCAAACUUGUCACUCACCCCCUCACCAAAACAGGCAACCUUGCCCACACCAAGGGUAAAGGCAUAAACACAUUGCGCAGCCCGCGGACCACGACACGCACCGUCACCUUCGCCAAGAUGGGAGUGCUAACUUUGUACAGUUCUUUUUCUGUGUGUGAGUCUGAACGUGGAGAUACUCCUUACCAUCCAAGAGAAACCACCAACAUGAGAACACAAACUGUGGCCUCCUACUUCAGAUACUCACUGAUGGACCUGUUGUCCAAGAUGGUGGCAGGGCAGCCACACUUUGUGCGCUGUAUCAAACCUAAUAAUGACCGCCAAGCCAACAAGUUUGACCGGGAGAAGGUUCUGGUUCAGCUACGGUACACCGGGGUUCUGGAGACCGCCAAGAUCAGACGACAGGGCUACUCUCACCGCAUUCUGUUUGCUAACUUUAUAAAAAGGUAUUACAUCUUGGCUUUCCAUGCUCAUGAGGAACCUGCUGUGACUCCAGAAACAUGUGCAGCAAUACUGGAGAAAGCCAAGUUGGAGAACUGGGCAAUGGGAAAAACUAAGGUGUUCCUGAAGUAUUAUCACAUUGAACAUCUUAAUCUGAUGGUGCAACAGACCACACAACGCAUCGUUCUUCUCCAGGCCUACGUUCGAGGCUGGAUGGGCACCAGACGGUACCGCCGGAUAUUAAAAGAGCGAGAACAGAGUGCUCUGGUGCUGCAGUCAGCUUACAGAGGCCAUAAAGUUCGGAAACAGGUUGCCGAUGAUAAAAGCAAAGUCAAGUUUCAGACAUUCAUUGUCCAGUUUCAGUCAGUUUGCAGGGGAUAUCUUGCAAGAAAGAAAUAUAAAGAGCUGGUAGAUGAGAAGAACCUAGCCGCAACUAAGAUCCAGGCACGAUACAGAGGGCAUAAGGAAAGGAAAAGCUUCAAACGAAAACGGGAGGCCAAAGAGAAAGAGAAAGCAGAACAUGCUCUUAAAGAACAAGAGAAAGUAACACCUGAACCUGAAAAGAGCACCAAUGAGGAAAAUCCUUCCUCUCCAAAUGAUGAUGAAGAUGAAACUAAGGCUGCUGUUGUUCUUCAGAGCAACUACAGAGGCUACAAAGAGAGGAAAAAGUUUAAGGACAGAAAAAAGACGAUGGCAGGGGCUGAGCUGGAGGUACCGAACACAGUGACGGAGCAAGAAGAACACGGACAAGAAGCUAAUGGCAAAGGAGAAGAGGGGGUGGAAAAAGCAGCUAAUGGUCAAGAGAACGAUGAAGAUGAAGAAAGUACUUAUGAAGCUGAGGACAAUGAUGACAGUGAUCACACACAGGUUCCAGAAGAUGAAGAGAACACAGAAGUGGCAGAUGAAGCAAUGAUUGAGGAUGCCCCAGUAGGAGAUGCUGAAAAGGAGGGAGAAAAUGAUGAGAAUUUACAAGAUGAGACCAAGGCAGCAACUGUUCUCCAAAGUAAUUUUAGGGGGCAUAAAGAGAGGAAGAGAUUGCAGGAGGAGGGUAAAAUCCCAGCCAAAAAAGGAAAACCUAAAAGCCCAUCAAGUGAAGAGGUGCCCAAGGAAGUCAGCAGUGAAGAGGCUGAAAACGGUGCCAUGAAAGCUGAAGAAGCUGAAGAUCCUGACGAAGCCAAAGCAGCUGUAGUGCUUCAGAGUAACUUCCGUGGCCACAAGGAGCGCAAGCGACUUGAGGAGGAAGGAAAGAUCCCUAAGAAAAAGAAGAAGGGGAAGGAAGCUCCACCAGAACCUAAACCAGCAGAAGAAGAACAGGUCAAUCAAAUAACGAGUCGGUGCCAGAUGGAGCGGAUGAAGAGAAGCAGCACGGUCCUGCAGAGUAACUUCAGAGGCCAUCGGGACAGGAAGAAACUGAAAGCAGAAAAAGAAGCACGGCAGAAGUAAAGGUGAGGAGGUCAC